AUGCCUCGCCGCAGCAGCCGGAGCCGCAACCGCAGCACUCACACCCAGGUGUUCGUCGACCUGGACAGCGACGACAGCGACGGCGAGGAGUGCAAAAGCAAGCGCUGUCGACCAAGCAGAAGGGAAACCGUGGAGACACCAGAGAUCUCCAAAAAUGUAUUACCCUCCUGUGGUGAUGACCUUCUCCCAAAAAGAAGUUCAAAGCGCAUCGCAAAUAGCAGGAGGGCCAAAACGAACACAAACAAGUUGGAUACCGAUAUUUUUGAAUUGUACAUGGAGGUUCUUUGGAAGCGAAUAGACGAAGAUAAGAAGAGUUCAUAUGCACACUUUGAUUCGCUAUGGUUUAACAUGUACAACAGCGGGAAUAAUAAAUCAAACGUCCUUAAGUGGAUAAAGGCUAAGAAGAUAUUCUCAAAAAAAUAUGUUUUUGUCCCUAUUGUCUGUUGGGGGCACUGGAACCUCCUUGUCUUAUUCAAUUUUGGAGAGACAAACUACUGGGAUACUAAGAAAAAACCACGUAUGCUUCUGCUGGAUUCACUCAAAACAACAAAUCCGGUAAAGUUGCGAUCAGCUAUCAAAAGAUUGGUUGUUGAUAUUUUAAAAACUGAAGACCGGCAAGACAGCGAGCAGUUCAUAAACGAAGUCCACCUUGAGUUUCCUGAGGUGCCACAGCAAACUGGGGAUGAAUGUGGCAUAUAUGUUCUUUUCUUCAUCUACUGUUUUCUUCUAAACGGAAAAUUGGGAGAAGAUUUCAGCCAGCUGUCCAAGGAUGUCAUGUUCAAUUCAGAGGAACUAGAAAAAUUCCAGAAGGACAUUGACUCAUUUCGAGCGAAUAGAAAUGUAUUACCCUCGUGCAAGCCCUCUUGUGAUGAUGAUGACCACCUCUCAAAAGAAGUUCAAAACACAUUGCAAAUAGCAGGAGGGGCAAAACGAAAGAAGACAAGUUGGAUACUGAUAUUUUUGAAUUGUACAUGGAGGAUCUUUGGAAACGAAUAGAUGAAUAUAAGAAGAGUGCAUAUGCAUACUUUGAUUCAAUAUGGUUUUACAUGUAUAAAAGCGGGGAUAAUAAACCAAACAUCCUUAAGUGGAUAAAGGCUAAGAAGAUAUUCUCAAGACAAUAUGUUUUUGUCCCUAUUGUCUGUUGGUAGGGGACACUGGAACCUUCUUGUCUUAUGCAAUUUCGGAGAGACAAACUACUCAGAUACUAAGAAAAAGCCUCGUAUGCUUCUGUUGGAUUCACUCAAAACAACAGAUCUGGCAA